CGCCACUUGUCCACUCCAACCCUCUGCCGCUUUUACACCGUCUCCUUUUUCCUCCUCCGCUGUCCCCGUCGACUAGAUAGACUUCGUCUUCGCCUGCUGUCCCUGCUGUUCCUGCGUCGCCCUUCGCCAUUCGCCGGCUGAGCUGUACCCUUCGCCGCCGCCUCCCUUCGGCUUCGCUUGCUGUUCCUGCGUCUUCAGCUUUCCUUCCUCUUCUCGGCCUCGUCAACACUUCACCCUGCUCCAUUUGCUCCACGGCACUUCGUCACCCAUCUCCUACACUCUGCCUUCACCAAGAGAGAGGGAGCUUCUGCGGUGCUACGACGAUGGCACUUCAGAUUUUGUGAUGGCAGUUUUGGGCGGAGAAACGUGGCCGAUUUGUGGUUCUCUGGUAAUUUUAGUAGAUUUGAGUUUCAUUAUAAAAUUAAAUUUACUACCGAAAGAAACAAGUUUUCAAUUGAAUUCCGUCAAUGAUGUUGCGUUCUUCAACAAGAGCUUCUCUGCGUUUCUUUCCGCAGUAUACUCAAUUAGGUAUUCUUUCUAGUCCCAAAUCCUUCCGUUUUCCCAUUACUCCCUCUUAUUCCACUCAUAUUCAUGCCCUUAAGGACAGACCCUAUCUCGUAGAUUCUAUUAGGAAUCUCCAGAACCUUGAUUCUGCUCUGCAUCUGUUUGACAAAAUGCUUUCCAUGAACCCUUUGCCAUGCGUGAAUGACUUUAACUUCUUGUUUAGCUCUAUUGUUAAGAUGAAGCAUUACAUAGCUGCCAUUUCUUCAAUCAAACAUGUGUUCUCCUUAGGAUUCAAAUCGGACAUUUUUACUCUCAAUAUUGUCGUCAAUUGUCUGUGCCGUUUGAAUCACACACCCUUUGCCUUCUCCGUGGUGGGGAUGAUGUUCAAAAUUGGCUUGGAGCCCAAUGUGGUCACAUUUAACACCAUUGUUAAUGGUCUUUGUAUUGAAGGCAAUGUGGAUUAUGCUAUUUGGUUUGUUGACCACAUGGAUAACAUGGGAUAUCAACCCGACAACCACUCUUUUGGAGCAAUCAUAAAUGGUUUGUGCAAAAUUGGCAAAACCCCUGCUGCCAUUAUGAUUCUAAGGAAGACAGAAACAAGAAACUGCAAACCAAGUGUUGACGUUGCAGGUUAUAACGCAAUUCUGGAUAGUCUUUGCAAGGAUGGGAUGGUAUCUGAGGCUUUGAGUCUAUUCUCGGAAAUGACAACGAAAGGUAUACAACCCUCUACGAUCACUUACAAUCGCUUGAUUCAAGGACUCUGUACUUUCAGCAGAUGGCAAGAGGCUGCGUCUUUACUGAGCGAGAGGAAACAAAAGGGAAUCAUGCCCGAUACAUAUACUUUCAAUAUUUUGGUGGAUGCUCUUUGUAAAGAGGGAAAGAUUUCAAGUGUUAGAGCCAUACUUGGUCAAAUGGUUCGAAUGGGAGAGGAGCCUAACGUUGUCACCUAUAACUCAAUGAUUGCUGGUUAUUGUUGCCAAAAUCAAAUGGAGGAGGCCAUGAAAGUAUUUGAUUUGAUGGUUCACAAGGGAUGCCUACCAGAUGACAACACUUAUACUACAUUAAUCCAUGGAUGGUGCAAGAUCAAAAGGAUUGAUAAGGCUAUUUAUCUCUUGGAUGAAAUGAUCAAUAAAGGUUUAAAUCUGAAUGUUGUGACUUGGAAUACUCUUAUCUAUGGAUUUUGCAAAGUGGGGAAACCGUUAGCUGCUAAAGAAUUGUUUUUUACAAUGCACAAGUUUGGUCAACAUCCUAAUCUACAGAGCUGUGCCACUAUAUUGGAUGGCCUAUUCAAAUGCCAUUUGUUUUCUGACGCAAUAUCAUUAUUUAGAGAUAUGGAGACAAAUAAUUUGGAUCUUAAUAUUGUAAUUUACAACGUGGUGCUCGAGGGGAUGUGCAAUACUAGAAAACUAAAUGAUGCAUGUGAACUCUUCUCUUGUCUUCCAGCAAAAGGCUUGAAACCUGAUCUAUAUACUUAUGCAAUAAUGAUCCAAGGUCUAUGUAGGGAAGGACUUGUGGUUGAUGCUGAAGAGUUACUGAUGAAUAUGGAAGAGGAUGGCUGCUUGCCAGAUAGCUGCACAUAUAAUGUCUUCGUCCAAGGAUUACUGCGUAGAAAUGAUGUGCCAAGGUCAAUAAAAUAUCUUCAGAUUAUGAAAGACAAAGGUUUUGCAGCAGAUGCCACCACCAUGGAAUUGCUUGUAGAUUAUAUCUCUGCCCACAAAGAAGAGAAUGCUUUUCUGGAAUUUGCACAGAAAAUUGUUUGAAUAUAUGAAUAUAAUCUUAGUUCAUUAUUUGACUUGAGGAUUUGAUGUUUGGAUAAGUUUGUCUGGACUUGUUGAAGAAUAUGAACUGACACUACGAUGCUGCUCUUUGAUUUCAAAUUGUCCACAGCAGAGCAAGAAUCUCCUUCCUGAGAAGGUUAGCUUAUUCUUCAUAUUUCAACCAAAGCUCAAUGAUGCAAAAUCACAUAUCAAAGAUGGAAAUUUGUUCAAUAACAUAAACUCCUAGCCAGUGUGGAAGAUAUUAUAUGGUCAAAGAAGCAUUCUAUAUGAGCAAGAUAUCAUUGAUAAUUGAAAAUAUGCGAUGCCUUGGUGUCACUUGGAAAUUGUAAUUAUGUAUAAAGUAUUUUGUUUAUCACAGCUUACAUGCCAUUGUAAUGGCCAUUUUGCCCCUAAUACUUGCCGAGGACUUUUUAUGUCAUUUCAUUUUGUAAAUGUUGAGGCCUGGCAGCCGCUGGUGGGUGCAAAUGUGUACAUAUGAAAAUGAGAAUAUGUGAAAUCAGAAAU